AUGAGCCGUGUGAAGCCACCUCAGCCUGCUGCUGCCGUGGUGGCAGGCAGGGAGGGUGACAAUGUGGAGCGUGAUUCUAAAGAAAUUAUAGGAAAGGGUGUAGGGGCUAAGGGCAGUGUGCAGGGAGAGCAGCAAGGAGGGGAGGCAGAGAGACGGAGAGCAGCAGGCAAGAGUAGCGGCGAAGCAGUGGGUGUUGGUGGCGCUGGCGUUGCUUGCACGCAGCAGGGCGAGCAGGACGAGCAGGGGCGGGUGGAGGGCGAAGGAAGGGAGGGGCAGGGGGAGAGGAGGCAAGGGGAGGGCGGGGCGAGUGGGGAAGCGAUGGAGGCAGUGGCAGCCGUUGGGGGAGGGGAGGGCGAUGCAGGGGAGGUGCUGGAUGGGGACUGUGGGGCCAGUGCAGUGGCAUGUUGGGGAGGUGGGACCCUUGGGAGUGAGUGGAGCGAGGGGCGUGGGGACAAGGCCUUUCCUGUGGGGCAAGGGGUAGCAGCUGCUGCUCCUGCUGCUGUUGCUGCUGUUGGGGAUGCUUGUGGCGCGGGUGGGAGUGGCAGCGAGGGGGCAGGGAGGGGUGUGGUGGGUGAGGGCAGUGGUGGGGCGAGCAGCAGUGGUGGCGGAGGGGUGGGCGUGCCAGGGAGGCAGAGCAGCGGCGCCGCCCUUCCAGCUGGCAGCACUACCGUGCCAGCUGGCAGCACUGCUGAGUCAGCCCAGCAGGGGGACAGGAGGAAAGACCCCGUCUUGAACCAGGUGGAGGUGUUUAUCCGAGAGCACCUGCGCCCAUUGGAGCGCAGCGGGGUGAUCAGCGCGGAGCAGCGGCGGUGGGUGGCGAGCAAGGCAGCAGGCAAGGUGAUGGAGCGCCACGGGGGGGCGCGGUCAGCCGCUUUCCUCGUGAAGGAAGGCGAGGACGUGCGACGCCUGGCAGAGCGCUACCUGCGCACCUACCACGUGCGCUUCUCCACCAGCAAUGGGGGCAAUGCACCACCGCCCUCCUCCUCCUCCCCGCCGGCUGGGUGA